AGAAGAGACGCAGGCAGCCUUCCGCUUUGCCUCCAGUCCAGUUACAAAACCAAAGCAGAGCCUCGAACAGUCUCCGCCCGUCCGGUCUGAACCUGCACCGGGAUGGGGCUCGAACACUUCUGCAGUCUGGACCGGUCCGAUCCGUUCUGGGACUGGAACCGUACGUGGAACACGAGUAACCCUGACCUGACAGCGUGCUUCCAGAACACGGUGCUGCUGUGGCUGCCAUGUCUCUACCUCUGGAUGUGUGCACCCGUCUACCUGCUCUACCUGCGCAGCCACGACCGGGGAUACAUCUGCAUGAGUCACCUCAACAAGGCCAAGACUGCGGUCGGCCUCCUGCUGUGGAUCACCUGCUGG